AUGGGUGAGGACAAGACCAAGCCUGAUACCUACCGUUACGAUGAGGUUCCGGUCUAUACCACAUCACAGGGCUGUCCAGUUAUGGACCCCGAAGCCGCCCAACGGGUUGGCAAGAAUGGCCCUCUGCUGCUCCAGGAUUUCCAUCUCAUUGACCUGCUUGCCCAUUUCGACCGGGAGAGAAUCCCAGAACGUGUGGUCCAUGCCAAAGGCGCUGGAGCAUACGGCGAAUUCGAGGUCACUGAUGACAUUAGCGACAUUACCACUGUCGACAUGUUGAGGGGCGUAGGGAAGAAAACCAAACUUAUGACUCGCUUCUCAACCGUCGGGGGAGAGAAAGGCUCUGCUGACAGCGCCCGGGACCCCCGUGGUUUCGCCGUCAAAUUUUACACCGAGGAAGGGAACUGGGACUGGGUGUUCAACAACACGCCUGUUUUCUUCCUACGUGACCCUGCUAAAUUCCCACUUUUCAUCCACACCCAGAAAAGAAACCCCCAAACGAACCUGAAGGACGCAACCAUGUUCUGGGACUACCUGUCGACGCAUCAGGAAGCGAUCCAUCAAGUUAUGCAUCUAUUCAGUGACAGGGGCACUCCUUACUCGUACCGCCAUAUGAACGGCUACUCCGGCCACACUUAUAAAUGGGUUAAGCCCGAUGGCACCUUUAACUAUGUCCAAAUCCAUAUGAAGACCGACCAGGGAAGCAAGACCUUCAAUAAUGAGGAUGCACAAAAAUUGACUGCGGAAAACCCUGAUUGGCACACGGAAGAUCUAUUCAAUGCCAUCGAGAAGGGCGAAUGUCCAUCCUGGACCUGCUAUGUCCAGGUGUUGAGCCCCGAGCAGGCCGAGAAGUUCCGUUGGAACGUUUUCGACUUGACCAAAGUCUGGCCUCAGGGCGAAGUUCCACUCCGACGCUUUGGUCGCUUGACUCUGAAUAAGAAUCCACAAAAUUAUUUCGCCGAAAUCGAACAAGCUGCGUUCUCCCCGUCGCACUUAGUCCCCGGUGUCGAACCCUCCGCAGACCCUGUUUUGCAAUCUCGUCUGUUCUCCUACCCAGAUACUCACCGUCAUCGCCUGGGCACCAACUACCAGCAAAUCCCCGUAAAUUGCCCACUCCGCGCCUUCAGUCCUUACCAACGCGAUGGUGCCAUGGUUGUCAAUGGAAAUUAUGGCGCAAAUCCAAACUACCCUUCUACCUUCCGUCGCUUACAGCAUAGCCCAGUCAAGGCAAGCCAGGAGCAUGAGAAGUGGGCGGGUGCAGUCCUCGCUGAGCAGAUCCCCGUUACCGAUGAAGACUAUGUGCAGGCCGACGGGCUCUGGAAGGUGCUCGGCCGCCAGCCUGGCCAACAGGAUAACUUUGUUCACAACGUCUCUGUACAUCUGUGCAAUGCACAUGAAACCGUUCGUAAGCGCACUUAUGGCAUGUUCAGCCGCGUAAAUCCAGACCUGGGUGCUCGCAUCGAGAAGGCCACAGAGCCUUUGGUCACAAGACCAAAACCACAAUCACACCUUUAA